GCAGAGAGCAGCAGACGGUGACGUCAUGGCUAUGAGAAGCGUCAGUGUGGUGAUGUGUGGAAGGUGACGGUGAGCCGGGCAGGAUGGAGGAUGAGGAUGGCGGCUCGGAGGAGGCAGUGCUGCUCAGGAGGCACCGCAAGGAGAAGAAGGAGCUGCAGGCCAAGAUUCAAAGCAUGAAAAACAAUGUGCCGAAGAAUGACAAGAAAAGAAGAAAACAGCUGACAGAUGACGUAGCCAAGAUGGAAGCUGAGCUGGAGGAACGGCACAAACAGGAGCUUGCGGAUCUGUCUCAGAAGCAGCCAGCGGAAACAGAAGUGAAGAGCAUUUCUAAUGGAGUCACCAAUUUAGAUCUUGGACUUGAAGCUCCUGUUCAGCAGGCACGUGUGUCUAAAGCCCAGAAGAGACGAGAGAAAAAAGCUGCCCUGGAAAAGGAAAGAGAUGAACGCAUAGCAGAGGCUGAAAUCGAGAACCUGAGUGGCGCUCGACACCUGGAAAGUCAGAAUCUUGCCCAUAUUUUGUCUCAGAGACAGCUGCAGAUUAAGCAGAUCCCAUCAGAUGGCCAUUGUAUGUACAGAGCUAUUGAACACCAGCUGAAGGAACGGGACAAUAACCUCACACUGACCGCUCUCAGGCGCCAAACUGCAGACUACAUGCAGAGUCACACCGAUGACUUCCUCCCAUUUCUAACCAACUCUGCCACAGGGGAAAUGUACACUCAAGAUGAUUUUGAGAAGUAUUGCACUGAAGUGGCCAACACACCAGCUUGGGGAGGUCAGUUAGAGCUUCGGGCGCUGUCCCACAUACUGCAGACUCCUAUAGAGGUCAUCCAGGCAGACGCCUCGCCUAUUAUCAUUGGUGAAGAAUACACAAGCAGGCCGAUAACUGUAGUAUAUAUGCGUCAUGCUUAUGGACUGGGAGAGCAUUAUAACUCUGUAGAACCACUAAGUGUUACUCCUGCAGAGUAGUCCUCUACGCCAAAGAUGUAUUGCUACUCGAUGCCACAAUAAGAUAUUUUUCCAUAAUAAAGAACCUAUAUGUCCUCUGUACAGAAGAGGCACCAGUUCUGUGACAUCCAGAGCACCACUGAAGUAUUAACAGAAGAAAAUAAUAAUAAUCAUGUAAUGGAGAGGUCAGUGGGGCAGAUGGCACCUGGAUGCAUGGAUUAUGCAGACUGGCGCAGUGAACACACCGUUACCCCACAACAGUUCAGGAUGAGCACAUGAAAACAGUACACCAAGUUCUAUAAAAAUGUGUCUAAGACAGAUGCAUUUAAGGGUGCGUUCCCACCUGGCGUAUACGCAGCAUAUUUCACGCUGCGCAAAAU